AUGUUUCAACAGUUAUCUGGUAUAGACGCAAUUGUCAUGUACAUUUUUAAAUCCGCUGGUUCUAACUUACCUUCGGAAAUUUGCGCCAUCAUCUUUGGAGCUCCUCUUGUAACUAUGAAAUUUAAUAGAAAAUUUCUUUUAAUUGUCUCAUCAGUAGGAAUGAUCAUAUCAGAAACCAUUUUGGGUAUCUAUUGUAUUUUGAGAGAUUCUGGAAUAAAUGUCGACUCCUUUAAGUUCAUACCAGUUUCCACCUUGUGCUUUUUCGUGCUAAGCUUUAAUUUUGGUAUGGGACCUCUAUGUUGGUUAGUUAGUAUUGAAGUUUAUUCUACUAGAAUUAAAACUUUAGCUAUGGCCUUCUCCGUCGUUGCGUACCAUGUUGUCGGAUUUUUUAUUUCACAAUAUUAUCAUUCUGUUGAGGCAUUAAUAGGUAUGGGACCAACGUUUAUCAUUUUCGCAUGA